AUGGUGGCAUUACGAUGCUACGUCCGGGCCUUUAUCCUCCGCCGAUUCCAUGCUGAGGAUGGCAUUAUGGUUGUCUGUGGGGUCUGCUGCAUUGGCUUCAUGGCCUGUCUUGUCGGCGAGAGCAAAGUGGGUAUGGGCCAAUAUCUCGCGGCGAUCGAAAAGCAAGACCACCGGGGCAAGCUCACCCAGUGGAUAUGGUGGCGCUCUCUUGUUGUUGCCCUGGGGAUCAGUUUGGCCAAGAUAUCUGUAGGCCUCUUCCUUCUCCGGUUCACAGCUCAGAAUAAGUGGUUAAAGUGGUUUAACAUUGGCUCGGCAGCGUGGGAUUCUGAACUGCGAGCAAAAGAAUCAACAAAAUGUUUUACACUCCCAGUGUUUCUGGGCAUCGGCCGAUCUAACGCCUAUUUCCUCUAUGCCACCCUCCCUAUCUUCAUGUUCUACAACGUCCAGGUGAACAAGCGGUCCAAGAUGUCGCUAAUGGGCAUCCUGGGUUUGGGUUACUUUGCGUGCGCUGCCGCUAUUGUAAAAACGGUUUUCCAAACUCGCUAUUUCUUCGAUAAAGAGGCGUACCGCGUCGAGUUAGCCGUCGGCAUCAUCGCCGCUUCCUUUCCAACAAUCAAACCUCUCGUAAAGAGCAUUAUCGGCAGCACGCGCGGUCAAAGCAGCCGUAGUUACGGCCGAUCCCACAAACACACUGGCGAGGCCUACGGCCUAAACAGCCACGCCCUCAGCGCGCUCAGCCCAAAUCUCCACGACCAGGAGGAGGACAAAUACCGCGUGCAGAUACACGCAAAGUAUCCGUCACUGUCAGCAUCGGAGGACGGCAGUGAAGAGAACCUGGCACGCGACCGGAGGCAGAUUCCCCUGAAUUUGGGAAUUGUGCAGACGACCGAGGUGAUUGUGCAUACAGAGGAUAGUGCGGACCUGAAUAUGGGCUCCGCGAUGAUGGGGCCCAGGAGAACAAUAGAGGACCGGAUUUAA